AUGGAUGUGAAACAGGAGAACUGUGAUGUGGACACAAAUAUCAUGGAGAAAACUGUCAAUAUUAAGGAGGACGACUGUGAGUGGGAGUCCAUCUACAUUAAACAGGAAAGUAUGAGCAUCAAGGAGGAGGACAGUGAACUGCAGCCAGUGGGCAUUAAAGAAGAACCUGAAGAGAAGUCUGUCCGUAUUGAGACACAUAACCAUACAAAUCUGGACAGUGUAAAAGAAGACAACCGUCAUGAUGGAGUGGUGACCAGGUUAGACUCUUCUCAGAGUAGACAGUGUUCAUCUCCAGAGCCUUCUAUCAAUGUGAAGUCUGAAUCAUUCGAGUUUGAACCAAAGAGAGCUGAGGAAACUACAUCUGUUAGAGCUCAGAAAAAUAAGCGACCACCUUCAAAAAAGUCUGGAAAAAGAAAGAAAAAUCACUGCAGUGUGGAAUGUGGCAGAGAAUUUUGUAACAGGAGUGCUCUUCAGAACCACACGAGAGUUCACACCGGAGAGAAGCCAUAUUGCUGUAAUGAAUGUGGCAAACAGUUUUCACAAAUGAGCAAUCUUCAGAUACACACGAGAGUUCACACCAGAGAGAAGCCAUAUUGCUGUAAUGAAUGUGGCAAACAGUUUUCACAAAUGAGCAAUCUUCAGAUACACACGAGAGUUCACACCAGAGAGAAGCCAUAUUGCUGUAAUGAAUGUGGCAAACAGUUUUCACAAAUGAGCAGUCUUCAGAGACACACAAGAGUUCACACCAGAGAGAUGCCAUAUUGCUGUAAUGAAUGUGGCAUACAGUUUUCAUAUAUGAACAAUCUUCAGAGACACACGAGAGUUCACACUGGAGAGAAGCCAUAUUGCUGUAAUGAAUGUGGCAAACAGUUUUCACAAAUGAGCCAUCUUCAGAUACACACAAGAGUUCACACCGGAGAGAAGCCAUAUUGCUGUAAUGAAUGUGGCAAACAGUUUUCACAAAUGAGCUCUAUGAAGGACCACACUAGAGUUCACACCCGAGAGAAGCCAUAUUGCUGUAAUGAAUGUGGCAAACAGUUUUCACAAAUGAGCCAUCUUCAGAAACACACAAGAGUUCACACCAGAGAGAAGCCAUAUUGCUGUAAUGAAUGUGGCAAACAGUUUUCACAGAUGGAGCAUCUUCAGAGUCACACAAGAGUUCACAAAACAAUAAAAACAGUAGCAAUUCAAAAAUCAUUCCAGAAAAACAAGAACCCUUCAGGACUCAAGAGAAAGAAAAAACACUGCAGUGUGGAAUGUGUUAGAGAAUUCUCUAACAGGAGUGCUCUUCAGAGACACAUGAGAGUUCACACUGGAGAGAAGACAUAUUGCUGUAAUGAAUGUGGCAAACAGUUUUCCGAAAUGAGCAAUCUUCAGAACCACACGAGAGUUCACACCGGAGAGAAGCCAUAUUGCUGUAAUGAAUGUGGCAAACUGUUUUCAUAUAUGAGCAAUCUUCAGAGACACCUGAGAGUUCACACCAGAGAGAAGCCAUAUUGCUGUAAUGAAUGUGGCAAACAGUUUUCAGAGAUGGGCAAUCUACAGAAACACACGAGAGUUCACACUGGAGAGAAGCCCUAUUGCUGUAAUGAAUGUGGCAAACAGUUUUCCUAUAUGAGCAAUCUUCAGAUACACACGAGAGUUCACACCGGAGAGAAGCCAUAUUGCUGUAAUGAAUGUGGCAAACAGUUUUCAUAUAUGAGCAAUCUUCAGAGACACAUGAGAGUUCACACCAGAGAGAAGCCAUAUUGCUGUAAUGAAUGUGGCAAACAGUUUUCCGAAAUGAGGCAUCUGAAGGACCACACUAGAGUUCACACCGGAGAGAAGCCAUAUUGCUGUAAUGAAUGUGGCAAACAGUUUUCAUAUAUGAGCAAUCUUCAGAGACACACGAGAGUUCACACUGGAGAGAAGCCAUAUUGCUGUAAUGAAUGUGGCAAACAGUUUUCACAAAUGAGCAGUCUUCAGAGACACACAAGAGUUCACACCGGAGAGAAGCCAUAUUGCUGUAAUGAAUGUGGCAAACAGUUUUCACAGAUAGGCAGUCUUCAGAGUCACACAAGAGUUCACAAAAGAAUAAAAACAGUAGCAGUUCAAAAAUCAUUCCAGAAAAACAAGAACCCUUCAGGACUCAAGAGUGAGGUUCACUCGUGUCCUGAAAACUAAGCAAACUAAACUAUU